AUGAAAAGAUUCAUCACCGUAUCUUUGGCCUUAUUCUUAGGCCUGAUCACCGCUCAAGAAUUAGCUGAACCAGUUUUCCUUCAACAAGCUUCUAAUCCCCCUCCAGUAUCUAAGGAUGCUGGUGCUCCUAAAGCAUCUAAUGAUGCUGGUGCCCCCAAGCAAAGCACAUCAGACAAAGUUGUUGCCAAGUUCGAAGACAUAAACGAAGAUCUCCAAAGACUCAACUGCAUUCUCUACGAUGACUUAACUUUCUUCGAUAUCAGAGCUCUUGAGAAGUUCAACCCAUACACAUCAGAAGAUGCUGAGGACAAUAUUGUAGCUUCUCCAAACGAUAGUAUCAACUACUACAUUAACUUUUGCAAAAGAUUCAUUCUUAAUGAUGCAAACGGAAAAGAAAUCAAGACAUUUGCCUACUCCAGUACUCUAGCUGGCAGAAAGAUUUUAACAGACUCUGGAAAGCCAUCCUACACUGAAACUGUGCUUUAAGAUAAGGACAAAAAAGAUGACAGCGGUGAUUCAACUCACAUUAAAUUCGAUCAAGAUGGAGGUGAAGAAUGCAAAGUACUUGUUGGUAAAGAGAUGUAAACUAAAAAUUUCAAAGUAACCUAUGAAAUCUAUUGUGAUGCUUCAGUCACUGAUAAACCCAGCCUUUCUGUUUCCAACAAAGAUCCCUGCAACCCAAUCGUCACCUUCAGUCACAAGACAGGUUGCCCAGUCUUCCAAGCCACAUCAAUCGUUAGAUUCUUAGCCAACAACCCAAUUAUCAUGGGGCUAAUUUUGAUAAUCUUUGGAAUCAUCACUACAUUCUUUGGAGGAAAGUUUUUCAAGUACGUACUAGCUACUGUUUCAGGUGGUCUCACCUUCUUGAUCGUCCUUCUUCUUGCAUCAGUUGUUGGUGCUCUUAAGGCUCUUGAGAAGAACAGAGAUGCUACUCCAGGCCAAAUCUCUCUAACCAUUAUGUCAUUCGUUGUUGCCAUUGCUGCUGGUUUCUUCGUUGGAUGGUUCAUCAAGAAACUCAGAAGAAUAGGUAUCACCGUUCUCUGUGCUGCUUCAGGUUUCUUCCUCGGAUUCCUCCUCUACAGUUUAGUAUUCAUCCAAUGGCUUGAACACCAGGCUGUCCUUAUCUCCCUCGUUAUCAUUUUGACUGCUCUUGGUGCUUACCUUGGAUGGAGAUUCGACAAACUCAUUAUUGUCUAUGUUACCGCAUUCCUCGGUGCUUACGCUCUUAUCAGAGGUAUCUCAAUCUUCGCUGGAAAGUUCCCCAACGAAAUUGCCCUCUACGGUCAACUCUCAUCAGGUACCUUUGAAGGUCUUGGUGGUGCUUUCUAUGGAUACUUAGCUGGUAUUGUCAUUACUGGAAUCCUAGGAGUUAUUGUUCAACAUAAACUUGGCUACCACGAACAUCACGAUGAUGAAGAGUACCAAAAACAAUGA